AUGGAAAUGACGUCGGACUACUCGGACGAAAUGCUUCUAAAUUCCAUUCAGCCACAGUAAGUUUUAGAAUAAGUCUGUUGUCUCAACGCUCAGCAUCUGGUUGCAUUUUUUCUACACAAAUAAACGGUUAGAUCUAAAUCGAUGUUGUGCAACUGUAUCUCUUGACCUGGCAAACCAAUCUGAGAUAAAUUGCUAACACAUGACUAUGUUUCGAAAUAAAAGAAUUACUAAAUUCAACUGGCAAUGCUUGGUGCACACACAGAUAGAACUUUAGCGGUUUAGAUAAUUACCUUUAGCCCAAAACGCGUUUUUAAGUGCGCAAAUACUAAACCGGACGUCAUUUGCGAGACCGAUAUUAAAAACACCGGACCAUUGGAUUGAUUUGGGUCAGAAAAACAUCUUCUUGUUAGUGACCAUUCGGUUGACCCCAAAACUUCUUUUCGAGUAUUAGUUAGAGCACAAAUUACUCAGUUAUUGCGCUACCUGGAGGCAGCCUAUAUACAGCAGAAGAAGCCCGACCUGCGUAAAAAGUUAGACCACGUGGUCAACCUUAGCUUGCCCCGAUAGACCUGAUCCCAUUUUGAUUUUCUAAAUCCCUCGGAAUGUUUUCCUCCCCCCAUUUUCUUUCCUAUGUUGCAUUUUGAAGUUAUCAUACUAUUAAUUAGUCUACGUGGAGUAUGCGUUGACGUUGCUGUUUUAUAUUGAUUUUCUCUGUCGAAAUUCAAACGUUUGAACCUUUCUCACUUGUGAUUUGUGUUAUGCAACGUCAGGCUGCAGUUGAGAAGCCGUCGCGAACUUAAGUGGUACCAUUAUAUUCUGCUGUCUUUGCUUGCUUUAAAUUCAUUCCGGGGAUAUAUUGCUUCAAUCAAUAUUCCCUUCUGAUAGAUAAUUAAUUAUGACGACUGCAGCAUCAUAAUCGGAGGCGAAUUUGCAUAAUUUAUUGCGUGGGCCAAGGAGGCCUUUUGGAUUCAGUUUAAAAUGCUCCAAAAUAGGCGAUUGCUUCUCUGAUGUUUCUGCAAGUGUUUAAUGUUAAAUUCAGUCAUUCGUGGUGAAUAGGACGAAGGUGACGAGGUACGUGAAAGAUGAUGAUGAUGAUGAUGAUGAUGAUGAUGAUGAUGAUGAUGAUGAUGAUGAUGAUGAUGAUGAUGAUGAUGAUGAUGAUGAUGAUGAUGAUGAUGAUGAUGAUGAUGAUGAUGAUGAUGAUGAUGAUGAUGAUGAUGAUGAUGAUGAUGAUGAUGAUGUCAUAGCAUUUUGUGACCUAUUUUUCACCUUUAGGUGGUUGUUGCAUAGUUAUCAUGCUAACGGCUCGAUGAGCAAACUGGAUAGGCUCCUAAGUGGCUAAUCGGAAAUGACGCGAGAGUGUGGGCUGUACAGGUGAGCGUGCUUUGGUAACAGCGAAAUCAUGAUUACGGCUGCGCUGCAUGGGUCAUUUUGUGGUUGUUCUGUCGGCAUGGCAAAUUACAAAGGUUUUUAAUCCUACUAGCUGCCCACUAGAGUUAUUGAAUGUUACCUCACCAUUCCGCAGUAGCUGGUAAAAUUAGGCCAAAUAUUAAUUGUCACAUUCUGCACAGGCUUUGGAGACUUAGUUCUAAAGGACUAGGUACAAGUUCUCACUGUAUUUUCAGAGAAAGCCAAAAAGGUCAGCGUGUGAACUGGGGUUCACAUCCAAGAAAACUCAGAAGGGACGCCGCGGCGUCCACUGAGUCGACGGCCUAGUAGCUGCGUCGUCCAGCAACUCGUGGUCGUCGAUAUACGUGUGUCUAGACUGUAUUUAAUACCUAUGCCUUCGUCUGCUAAGGUCGCGGAUGUGAAAUUGCAGACUUAACAGAUUCUUGUAGGGUGAGCCACGAACGAUUAGAUAAAUCUAAAAGUACUAUGCAAGCCCAUCUAUAGCUAAAGUUUCUAUUUCGGGCGUGGGUACUUAGCGGCAGUUUACAAACAAUGUUCGUUAGUCGUCCGGGCGUGUAAGCAAUGUCGGCAAUGGGUGUGAAACACCUUUUUGUCGUCAUGUUUUUAAACUUUCUGAAUCUUUCAUCAAGACCAUGCCCAUAAAAUGUCCUAGCAAGAACAAAACUCAAUUGCUAGCGGCAGAAUACGCAAUUUCCCUGUGUUCUUUUUCAGUACAUACCGCCCGGGAACUUUUAAAUUAUUCUACUCUCGCACAGCCAAAGAUAGCGUGGGUGGGCUGUAGGCUUCAAAGGAGGGCAGAAGCCAUUAUUGCAGUGCAUUCCUCGCAGCAAUUGAAUUUUUUUGAAAAUGGAGCAAAUACUCAAAUAAACUGGUGUAUAGUGAUUCUGGUUACUGGCAUAGACAGAGUAUUUUCGACGGCGAUCAAAAUGCUAGAGGUGGCCAGCAGCUAUUAAGGAUAAAAGCAAUGUCAAAUCAUUACCGAUAUUUUUUGAAAAAGUAUAAGAAGCCUAAUGGUCUUUAGCCCAAGAGUCCUACAGAAAUUCCUGGGACUAAACAUGCAAAAGGGUGGUUAUAAAAUGCUGGCCCAGCGGAUUUUUAGAUAACAUAGAUUAUGCUUACGGAAACUACUGUAUCGCUGCGAACUGUUUUUUCUGAUAGCGAUUAUACCAUUGCAGAAAACGUGAUUUUCUCAUCUAGGAUUUAUGCGUGUUAAGAAAAAUAUUGAUUUGAAUGGCAGUAGAAUGUGUUUAGUUUUUCUAAAGCCUUCCUUUAUUCUGUCAAAUGUCAUGGAAUACGAGUAGGCUAAAAACAAUUAGUCAUUUAUUCCCUUUUAAUCUACAUCAUCUGACAGCCAACAAUUUCUACGUGCUUCCUUCGUUCCUACAGAGCGUUUCCGAAAUCGGUUUCGCAUUCUUUCUUGCAAGCCUUCUUAUUGCCGAUACGAACGAAGAUGCGAACUGCAGGAACUAGAUGAUAAGAAUUAUUAGCGAUCGCUGGAACAAGGGCUUUAUUUGCCUGACGUUUCGGAUGCUCACUCUAACCCGCCAUUAGGGACAGUGGCAGAAGCGAGUGAUGCGUGCACAUGAGGUUUCAGUAUUAUGGGGCGUAGUCACUAUGCUACCGCAAACCUAUGAUAAUUAACCGCUCUCCCCUUUAUUACGAAUUGUUGCCCGCUUGUGCGCUAAUUGCUUGAUGGCCGGCAUGCAAGUUGUCAGUUGCUGAAAGUUCAUCACCCGUGUUGGAGCCUGGCGUGCUGAUUGCUCGGCCAUCUGGCUCAUUGGCUUGCGCGCUCCCCGAGUGGUCAAGUAAUAUGGCCAGAGCAUGCCUCAGCACGGAAUAUGGAGUGGGGAUGUCGUUACACUUGUUGAUAGACUAGGGCCCAGUGAACCAUGACUCAAGCAACUCGCGGCUCACGCGAUUAUCCACUCUCGCGAGAAUUUCGGCCUCAUGGAAGUUGAGUGUGUGGUCGAGAGUUGGGGUCAUUUCUCCGCACCGCUGCUGAGUGUUCGGCAAUUCGCGUCCGGAGCAGUCAUCCAGUGCUGCUGACGUAGUUGCUUUGCCCGCAACUGCACCAGAUCCGGUAAACUACUCUAGAUGUUUCUUGCCGUAGCAGUGUGUCUUUUGGUCUCAUCACCUGAGGCCUUAUGUUGGCCCCCGGUCUGUGUACAACUGUCACUGUCUCUGAUGAUGGGUUCAAGUAAGAAUCCGAAAGGUCAGGCGAAUAAAUACCCUGUUCUAUCGAUCGCUUCUACUUCCUAUCAAGCCUUCAUAUGCUGUAAGAACUGCCGCUAGUUAGUAGUUUUUUAGAAACUGAACCAUUUGGUUAGGACCGUGAACUGUUUCUGAGACGGUUUUGUGCGCUGGCCUUCCACGAAGUACGCAAUCGACGAAUCCGGCGAUUGAGCACUGAUAGUCGCAGCCAGUCUGUUACAUAAUUCUGGUCUCUAUGAAGCCGUUGACUUGUCAAAGGCAGCGUAUAAAUGACUACGUGCUGUCUAAACUUCAUGACUCGAGUCGUUUCCCAGGGCAACAUUCAGACAAUCCGUUCUCAGCAGUCAUUUUGAUCAAGAUCUCUGUUUCAUACGCCACAAAAGACGAUGAUCUCUUGUUAUUUCUCUGUAUGAAUCACUAAACGGGUUGUUAUGUGCAUGGACACAAAACGGAGUCGUGUAGUUAAUAUAACGAGUCUCUGACUUCUAUGUACUCCGUACAGGCUGUGUAUUUCUGCUCUGCGAAAAAGCAUUUUAUUUAUUUUGCAUUAAUGACUCUGUUAAAGCUUAUAUUGUUACAAAUGAGUGGCUAGCAAUUCCUGCAUGUGCAUUUUGCUUGAAUUUAGUUGCCGAGACUACCAGAAGAAAAACAAUUUUCGGUAGAGACUAACAUUUAUGGCAGAGUACUUCUAGACUGUAGUUCAGAGGAACAAUAAGUCAUUUUGAGAUGGUGUUUAGUAUACUCGCGACUCUUGACCGCGAAUAAGGCUUAUAAACAAUUCAGAAGUUACUACAAAAUUUAGACGCCGAUUAUUCAUCUCCAUCCCUUGAAAAAUCACUGAUAUGAAUGGAAAACUGGGGACUUUUACAGAAUUACAUCUGUAUGUCAGUAGUGUCAUGAAAACCGUUACCAAAUUAAGUAGCUUUUCCCGUUUUUCAUUUUCCCCCAGUCACGCCAAAAACAUUUUCAGAAAUUUUAUGUGAAAUGGUUUUAUGAACGCAUGACAGUCAAAACAUCAUAAAUAUUGCGUUAACGCAGAAAGGAAGUAGUUGAGGGAAACACACCUCCCCCACAAUUGUGCAAUUACUUUUAAUCGAAAAUAUUUAUUCAACAAAACUCGUCUGCGCAAAAUGUUAGGCCCACAUUUUAUGGUUAAUGCGAACUUAAAAUGGUCACGGAAAAUGGUUGCAACUAACAUGCUCACAUGGAAUCACUGGAAACAAUGUUUACGGUGUCUAAAUGGGUUUAUUACUGGGUGCGGCGAAAAGAGUACUAGGAUGUUGGGACUUACCUUGGUCACCACUAACUCCCCCACAGGUGGGGAAACUAGGAGUCGAAGGACUGCCGUAUGAGCCACUAGCUAGUGUUAUCAACUCUAGUCAAGCCAAAGCUCUGAAGAGAUAUUAAUAAUAGAACAAUGGCUGAGAAUGGGCCUAACGGAAAGAAACAAUCCAUAACCAACACGAAGACGAUCUCAUGCGUCCUAAACAAAAUGUACUAUCACAUUCAUAGCAAUAGAGAACGUUUAUCACUUAACCUUCUGCGCAUAAUUAGGAAAUGUGUGGGUGAAUUUGGCCUUCUUUGGUUGAACCCUAUGCCAAAGUCUUUUUAAAGUAGAAAAUCGAUAAGAGAACGUUUUGUUUUUGCUGAAGAGUACAUUCGCUUUUGUAAUGAGGUCUUAUUUUUAAAGAGACCUACGAAUUCGGUCCAUACAAUCGUAUUUUGGAAGACAUUUCCACAAGAAUAUGCUGUAUCUGCACGGGGUUCGAAACGACUUCCAUCUUCCGUGUAUCUUUAUAUUCUAAAGCAAAUGUACGGUAUUUAGAGCCUUAGCACGCGCUCAAUUAGUGUCGAAACCUUUCUGGCGAGCAGCUGAUCACAUUGUGCCAAAAGCUGGUCAUUAGCUUGCAGUUAAGAUACUCAAUUUGUCAUUUUGGACCAGGGGUGGUUUGUUUUACUCAAUUAUGACCACUUGAUUUGGAUGGAAAGUAAUGCGAGGACAGUUAGAUGACAUAGGAUGCAUCUAUUGGUCCUUGUGUCGUAUUACAAUUUGCCGUUUAUAUAAACAACAAUAUUGUGCAUUUUGUUCAGUCCUAACGGAGUUCAGUGUAAUUUUGAUAGUCGUCAGCGGGAAUAGGGCAGUCCCUGGGGUACGCUAACUGUGUUGUGAUAUUAAGCUAAAUAAGCCCUGGGGAAGUUUAUUGCCGACAGUCAUCAUGGUCAUGCCUGGUGUCCUUGUCCAAAGCCUCCAUGCCUCCAGGUUAUUCACCAUUAUUAACUAAUCUUUCCAGACUCGCUGAUCUGAAGCAACUAGACCGACAUCAGCUCGGAUACACCUGCGUCCACACAGUCGCAGCUGCCGAUGCAGCCUCAUCCCGACAACAACAAAAACAACAUAAGCCACUUAAACACCACACCCUCCCCCAUCCUUGGCGAAUGCAAGGCACUAAUUGGACACCCCUUUACAUAGCCCCACAAGCCUACAAAAGAAGCUGCCGCCACUAUCUCGAGGACUCCCAGGCCCGACUGGACGCAGUCAACACAAGGCCUGUCUUCGCCUGA